GACCACUGAGCGGGGCCGCGUGCGCUGACCCCUGGGCCGGGUUCCGGGCGCGCUCAGCCCCGCGCGGGCGCGGUCGUUGCUGCGGGCGGCCGGGGCCAGCCCGCCCCGCGCCCUCCCCGGCCCGCGCCCGGCGCGGUGGGUGGGCCCUCGGGCGCCGGCGGGGCCUGCGGGGAGCGGCGGGCGCAGGCGGGAGAGUCCAGCCAUGCAGGACUGCCCUCCCCAGAAGGACCACCCCAGGCCGAAGGGGAGCCUCCCAUCUCUCCCUGCUCCGGGUGACCUCCGAAGUGUAUCCCUGACACCUGAGUUGGUGGCAGCCUAGGGAGGGGCUCUCUUCCUGAGGGCCAGGCUGCCUGGGUGAGGGUUGGCCAGGCCCCCACGAUGCCGACCAAGGCCACGUGCCUGCGUCACACAGAGGCUCCCGGGCAGCUGGAGGCUAGAAUGCUCAAGGGACGGCUUCCCAGCACAAACAAAGACCUCCUCCCAAGCCCUGGGGCCCUUCCUGCUGCCCACUGUCAGGACCCUGAGAAGAGCCCCAUGCCUUCCUUCAGCAAUCCAGCAAAAGUCAGCAGUGAGGAUCCCCAAGUCAGGGCAAAACCCACCACCCCUCAGCCCCCCACAAGGCCCAGGCUGGAGCGGACCCUGUCCCUAGAUGAUAAGGGCUGGAGAAGGAGGCGUUUUCCACGCAGCCAGGAAGACCUGGCCAUUCAGGGCGGGACCAGUCCCUACAGGGGCUCUGGGCAGGACAUGGCGCCCCAGACCCCGGCCCACAGUUGCCCCCCGCCCUGCCUGAGCACAUCCUUGCAGGAGAUCCCCAAGUCCCGCAGGGCUGUAGGCAGCGAGGGUGGGAGUCCCUCCUCCUGGGGCAACUGUCUCUCUGGAAUGAUCAGCACCUCCCUGGAGCUGCUGCACAGGGAGACUGUUCCAGCUGGGAGCUCCCCAAGGCUGGCCGGCCUGUGUCCCCCUCACCCACCGCCCACCCCGGAUCUGAACGUGGCCUCCGAAUCCCCGAGGACAGCAAACAAGGUCGACUCAGAGCAUGCCGACCACAAGCACCAUGAGCAGCCCAGGCUGGUACGGGCCCACAGCAGCCUGGGCCCCAGCCGGCCCCGGAGCCCCCUGGCCUGCGACACCCACUCCCUUCACUCGGCCAAGUCCUCCUUCAGCCUCCUGGCGCCCAUCCGCACCAAGGACCUCCGGAGCAGGAGCUACCUGGAGGGGAGUCUUCUGGCCAGCGGGGCCCUGCUGGGGGCAGACGAGCUGGCCCAGUACUUCCCAGACCGGAACAUGGCGCUCUUUGUGGCCACUUGGAACAUGCAGGGUCAGAAGGAGCUCCCACCAAGCCUGGAUGAGUUCCUGCUGCCCACUGAGGCCGACUACACCCAGGACCUAUAUGUCAUUGGCGUGCAGGAGGGCUGUUCCGACAGGCGAGAGUGGGAGACGCGCCUGCAGGAGACACUGGGCCCCCGGUACGUGCUGCUGUCCUCGGCUGCCCACGGGGUUCUGUACGUGUCCUUAUUUAUCCGCAGGGACCUCAUCUGGUUCUGCUCAGAGGUGGAGUGCGCCACGGUGACAACACGCAUCGUGUCCCAGAUCAAGACCAAGGGGGCCCUGGGCGUCAGCUUCACCUUCUUCGGCACCUCCUUCCUCUUCAUCACGUCCCACUUCACCUCUGGCGAUGGGAAGGUGGCAGAGCGGCUGCUGGAUUAUACCAGAACCAUCCAAGCCCUGGCCCUGCCUAGGAACGUACCGGACACCAACCCCUACCGCUCCAGCGCAGCGGAUGUCACCACCCGGUUUGAUGAGGUGUUCUGGUUUGGAGACUUUAACUUCCGCCUGAGUGGCGGGCGCACGGCUGUGGAGACCAUCCUGAAGCAGGACCUGGAGGUGGAUGUGCCGGCACUGCUGCAGCAUGACCAGCUCAUCCAGGAGAUGAAGAGAGGGUCCGUCUUCAAGGGCUUCCAGGAGCCGGACAUCCACUUCCUCCCCUCAUACAAGUUCGACAUUGGGAAGGACACCUAUGACAGCACCUCGAAGCAGAGGACCCCCUCCUACACGGACCGGGUCUUGUACAGAAGCCGUCACAAGGGUGACAUCUGUCCUGUGAAGUACUCUUCCUGCCCUGGGAUCAAGACAUCCGACCACCGCCCUGUCUACGGCCUGUUCCGGGUGAAAGUGAGGCCCGGCCGAGACAACAUUCCACUAGCUGCUGGCAAGUUUGACCGAGAACUGUACUUGAUAGGAAUCAAAAGGCGGAUUUCAAAAGAAAUUCAGAAGCAGCAAGCAGUGAAGACUCAGAACUCCAGUGCCAUCUGCACCGUUUCCUGAAGUUGCUGGAGGAGGACCUGCGACCCAGAGCAGCUGGCGAAGACUGCAGAGUGUGCUCCUGACACCUCUCACUCAUUCUGGGGUCCUGAGGGACCACUGCUAGGGCUGCCCUACUUUCUCACCGAGCAACCCCCAGGCCAGGCCAUGCAUCCCAGCUCGGUGUACCUGGGCGAGCCUGUCCUUAAGAGCUGUCCCCACGGGCACCUGGGGGCUUCUCAGGGUGUCUCAGCUCCCACGCUCUAGAGCCGUGGCAGAGGACCUGCCUAGUGCUGCAGCCUCUCCUCCACUUGCAGCCCCACACCCAGAGCCAGUCGCUACGUUCAGUAUACCAAGCUGGCCCUUCCUCUCCACACGGGUGUCUGGGGGUCAGACCCUGGGCUUGCCUUGCAGCACCUGAGGCCAUGUUGGAGUCACUUGUAGGCUGUGACAGUUGCCCUCUCCUUGGGCUGAGGCAGCCCAGGCCAAAUGUCAGAGGCCUGUGUGCUCAUCUCACUUCCCCACCCCCAGCUGAGUAGGGGUCACCUCCCCUCCCCCCAGAGGCCAAGCCCAGCUAUGUGAAGACUCAGUUUUAGUGAUCAGCAGACCAUUUGCUUUUGUGACAUCAGCCACAGCAUGGUGUUAACAGAAGUGGUGUUUUCUGCCCUGGACACGUAGGCUGGGCAGGGAACGCCUUGUCGGGGACCCCUUUCCUUAAAGAGGGCUUCGACCUCAUUGUUGCUCUUUGAAUCUUAUCCUCUUGACAAGAUGUAGCCUUGAAUGUACAGAGACCUAGGGACAUCCACUCUAGUCUUUAAAUUAUUUAUUUUUCCAUAUUUAUAUUUUUAAAUAAAUGCAUAUAUUGAAUCUUAAAAACUUUCUGGCCCAAAACUGCAUGUUGGAAAGAAAGUAUAUGCACACCCUGUUCUUACAAUAUUCUUGUUUUAAAAGGCCAUGGAACACAAAGGCAGGAAGUCUGGACUCAGCUCUCAACUGUGACGGUCUUGUCCCAGUCCCUGCUGAGCGUUCCUGCUGCUGGCCAGAGGUGACGUGAAGACUCAAGUGAACCGUGCUGAAAACGACGAGCAAGUCCAACAAAUGCUAAAACUUCUAUUAGUAUGGGCUUCCAAAAUACGGGAUAUAAACUUUAAAGCAACGUACCAAUGUUUCUGAUAAAGGGGGGGAAACCCCAGGGGCCCUGCCAUGCCACUACUUCAAUAAACACUCGAUGGUCUGCAUGUGUAUUUUGCUCGAAUUAGUGUGU